AUGCAGCAUCCUCACCUCUUCCUCUUUCUCCCCCUCCUCCUCCCUGGGACAUGGGCAGACCCAGAGGAGUCACAGGUUCUUCAGCUGCUCCAGACCAACCUCUUCACCAACAUCAGCUCUGCCGAGGUAUCCAUGGUGGCUUUCCUAGGGGACCUGCCCAUCUUUGUGCUGGAUCCUGCCUACUGGAGCAUCCACUUCCACUGGCCCUGGGCCCGCCAGGCCACAGACGAGGGUGAUGCAGAGACGAUCAUGUCCCACUACAAAAUCUUUCUGCGCAAUAUGGUCCGAUUCGUGCAUGAAAUCGCCCAGCAGGCGCAACUGGACUACCCAUUGGUGGUCCAGAUCCGUGCGGGCUGUGUGCUGCACCCCAAUAGGACAAGCUGGGGCUUCACGCAUGUUGGGGAGGGCGGCAGAGACCUCGUAUCUUUUGAUAUGGAGAGGCAGCGCUGGGAGCUCCAACGGCCAUCCUCGCUAGCAGAGCUAGUCAGCAAGGCCCUGACCAGCAAGAAGGCCAUCACGGGGAUCCUGGAGCACCUCCUCUCCAUCUCCUGUCAGAGCCACAUCCUCAGCCUGUGCAAGUAUGGGAGGGCUGAUCUGGAGAGACAAG